AUGAGGAGCAACACCAGAUCAUCAACAACAAAGCAAGGUAACAACAACAAAGGAGGAGGAGCAAUGGAGAUAGAGAAGCUCAAGAAGCUAAAAGAUGAACCUCAUUUAUCCGGUGCUUAUAUCCGAAACCUCGUUAAACAAUUAACCUCAUCAAGAAAAGAACCAUCACUUCCUAAUAUCAAUAAACAAGGUCAAGAUGUUGAUCAUGUGGAUGAAAAUGAGCAAAACCAAGGAACAACCACCAAUCACUCCAUUUCAUCUCCUAAAAACCAACCUCAACAACAACCACAACAACCUAAGAAGCAAGUUAGAAGAAGACUUCAUACAAGUAGACCAUAUCAAGAAAGGUUGCUAAAUAUGGCCGAAGCUAGAAGAGAAAUUGUUACUGCACUCAAAAGAAAUCCUAGAAUUUAUCCAUCAAACACCACCACCACCACCACCAGCAACAACAACAACAAUUUCACAAAUUACUUAGAGAAUUCUUCUUACUCAUCUUUUUCUUGUCCUACUCCUUCUCUUAUGCAACCAAAUAUGAAUCAUUUCUUGUCUUCUCCUUGUAUUGAACCAACACUCCCUAUUAUUGAUCAUCUCAAUCUCACUACUCUCCCUAAUUAUCAACCACUAGGCUUAAAUCUCAACUUCCAUGACUUCAACAAUUUAGACACCACUUCACUGUACUACAACAACAACAACAAUAGCCAAUUCUCCUCAAUGUAUUCUUAUCCAUCUCCAUCUUCAUCUUCUUCACCACCGCCUACGCUCGCGAGUACUAGCACCACCGAAGAAACUCAUUCUUUCGUUACAUCGCCGGAAGGUGUACUUCCUCAUUCAUUCCCGAUGACCGACAUGAUGAUAGAUGCCACCGGGGAGGAUAAUGGAUUGCACCCAACAAUGGAUGAUGACGAGAUGGCCGAGAUCCGUUCGAUAGGUGAACAACACGGAAUGGAGUGGAAUGACACGUUGAAUUUGGUUACCUCAGCUUGGUGGUUCAAGUACUUGAAGAAAAUGGAGAUAAACAAUAAUAAUUCACAUGAUCAUAACAAAGGAGGGUUGAUAUCCUCAGAUGAAGAUGGGAUUAUGAGUAGCAGCAAUUUGUUUGAUGAAGUCAUGGAGUUUCCGUCUUGGAUGAAUGCUAAUAAUACUAGCGAUGGUGAUGAAAGCUUCUUCUUACAACAACACUUGGAUGAUUCUUACUACUCUGAUAAUAAGGAAUACUUUCAAGAAUCUGCUUUGCCAUGUAUGGAUAUUGGAGAAAUUGAUGGGAUGGACAACGAGUGGUUAGCAUAG